AUCUCUUAACCAUUCAGUCCAGAUUGGUCAAUUUCUAGGUGAAAAUUCUGGUGGAAUGUCUAGUUUGAAAAUUUAACGAAACUUUCCUAAAAAGUUGUGUUUUCUGCUUUACUCCCACAUUCCUACUGCUAUAUUGCAUCAUGGUUUUUUUCUAGAUUUUAGCUACUAUUUUGACUGCUUUUGCCCCAUUUUUAGUUUGUGAAUUUUUGCUCUAUUAGUUACAUUAAAAAAUCUGUUUUAGGUGCUGCUUAAGCACCAGAAUACUGCCUUGCCUUGCUGUUGAAAUGUUGUAUGUCUUGGCUUAGUUUUGGUUCAUUUUCUGCUGCUCUUUUGCCCUAAAUUUUGCUAUUUUCUACACUGUUUUAACCUAAAAAACUCUACACUUUUCUGCAUUUUCUGCACUUUCCUUUGAUGUUUUCGACACUGUUUAACCUAGAAAAUUUUUCAUUUUUCUACAUUUUCCUUGCUGUUUUCUGCACUGUCUUCCCUAGAAUUUUCUGCCCUUUUUACCAAAAUUUUGCUACUCCUUACUGAAAAUUUUUUGGAAUGUUCUAAGACACCUUCACCUCCUUGAUACUUGAAUUCUAGCUUACAAUAUAACAACAAAGAGAGGUAAGUAAAUUUAUGGUUCAUCCUUGAUUUUAAAAUGUAAAUUUGAACCAUGACUUUUAUUGAUUUUGAGAUGGUGAUAGGAUUAAAAGUCUACUUUGGGUUAACUACCAUGAUUAAAUCCUCUUUUAUCGAGUUGGAUUUCAAUUGGUUAAGCAAGCCCAUUUAUAAAAGUUUUGAACAUAUCUUAUUUGCUCCCUGUUAUACAUGUUUUCCUGAAUUUACUUAAAAUGUACUUUCUAGCCUAUUUUAGUCUCCAAUGUGGUCAUGUAAUACUUGUGCCCACUAAUGGGAGGUUUAUAAACGUUAACACAUGUCGACAUGUUACUUAUGGAGCCGGCUCAUUCUUGUUAUACUUGUUGUCCUGCUAGUGGAAUUCCACUAGCAAAUCUUGUGCCCACCAGUGGGAGGUUUAUAAAUGCUAGCCAUAACCUAUAGAGGAGACAUCUAUUUCAUUCCCAUACUUGUACCCAUUUUCUUAAUACUUGAUUACACUUGUUGUCAUGUUAUAAAUUUUAAUUAAAGGCUAUCUAUAUUUUUACUUACUGAGUUAUCUCAUAGAGUUUUUUCCUCGUCCACCAUUUCAUGUAAUAAGAACCGAGACAUGGGAAACCAAGGGGAGUGACGAGCUAGAAGGCUAGCCUUUUGCAUUUUUGAUUUAGUUUAUUUUGGAAUUUGGCCACUAGAUGAAUUAUUUUGAACUUAAGUCAUUUUGGACAUAGAUUUGUUUUGAGAUAUUUGAUUUAAGUUAUUAGAUUGUCACAUGUGAAUUAAACAACUUCUGAACCUUGUGCAUUUGUGGAUUCUCCCACAAGUGUACGACGUCUAUUUCGCUUUUGGUUUUGGGGCGUGACAAUUGUAGAAAAUCCCGUGUGUGUGAGUUGUGGUUUGCCAAAGCCAUGCUCUCCUGCCCGUGAGAAAUGGGGAAAUUUUGGUAGCUUAAACUAUGUUUUUAAGCUUGGUUUAAGUGUAAAUUAGCUUGAAUUGGGUUGUUGUGAUUUUGGAGAAAAAUCCCGUGAGAUUAGUUAUUGUUUUGCCAAUUUUUGGAAGAUAAGUUACUGUUCACGGGCACAGUUCAUGGGCACUGUUCACGGACUGAUAGCCAACAAUUAAUGGGGAUUUAAAUGUUUAGUUUGUAAUAUAAGAACAAAUUUGGA